UCCAGUCCCCACUCCUCUCCUCUGUCUCUCAGGUGUCUACUUCCUGGAUAUGAAAAACAGUUUAGUGUGGCUUUCUCUCCUGUUGAAUUUCUCCCAGAAGAUCUAUGUCAAAGAGAAAAUCAUGGUUUGCUUUACAGUAGGCUGGCUGUUAUCACAUGUUGCUUACAUAGGCUACUUGACUUACCGGGGUGACAGUCCCACCUGUGUUUGACAGGAUGCACUCUGAACCUGGACAGGCAACAGGGCAGCUCGAAUCAGAAGCUGGAUCCAACAACAACCACAAUCAAUGAGAUGAACCUCUCAGAAUGGUUUUGAGGUUUCUUACUGUAUUUCCAGCAGCAGUUCAAAUGUGGCUGAUUGCUGUUUCCAUCCCACUGCUUCCUGCCAUCAUCAUGGUAUCCAGCCGUUAUCGUGUCAAAGUCUUCAAGCUGUACCAUCAAGCUGUGGCCUGGGUGCUGAGGAUGAUGCGAGGGAGAGUGUGUGUUAAGAGCACCCAUGCCUUUGUGUUCUCUGAGUGCACCCAUGGCAAAGUUGACAGUGUCCUGGAGACCUUUGACCUCUAUGCUGAGACACACCCCUCUUUAUGCAUUGGUCCAGAGAUUGGUGAGGCGUUGGAUGAAGUGGUGAGGCGUGUCCGUCCCUCUAGGGUGUUGGAGCUGGGGAUGCACUGUGGCUACAGCUCAGUCCGCCUGCUGCGUCUGCUGCCCCCUGCUGGCAGACUGAUCACAGUGGAGCUGGACCCACUCACAGCAGAUUUGGGAGAAGAAAUCAUCCUGGUGGCUGGCUUCAAACACUCUCAGUUCCAGGUGUUGACAUCUAGCUCAGCUGAGGCCAUCCCAACCCUGCGAUCAUUACUUGAGCCUGAUCAAAGGACCAGUGAAGGCUUCAACCUGGUGCUAAUGGACCAUGAUCCCCAGCAGUACCUUCCAGACCUGCUGACUCUGGAGAAGGAAGCGCUCCUCUGCUCCUCCGGCUGCUCCGUCAUUCUGAUCAAAAGAAGAAGAGCUGAGGAUCUCAGAGAAAUCCUGGAUCACAUCAAAGCGAGAGCAGACUUCUGCUGCAUCAAGACAGAGCUUCAGUUCAUGGUGGAAAUCCUCUACCAAAGGGAAGAUACUAAGGAUUGGCAGACACCUGCAGCACAGCAGCAAUCCUCUGUAAGGCAGUGAAAGAACAAAGCCUUCCUCCUGUGCGUCUGGUUCAUCAACUGGAGUGGGCAGAG